GGUAGUGCCCGACCUCUGACGCUUCUCAGGCAGACACACCCACCCGGUCAAUGGUGGCACCCUUCUUCUGAGCGUAGGAGCCCCACAGCAUGAAGACCAGGCCGUCCAGGUUACUGCUGAGCCACUGUACCACGGAAUCGUCUCUUAAUGGAUCAAUUUGUGACCUCGCCCUGCAAACGGGCUAAUGCCACCGGAGAGAGCGGCAACCCGAGAAAAAGAAUUAAGCUGGUGGAAGAGGAUGAGGAAAGUCCAGUCAUGGCAGAGUUCUCCAAUCCCAUCCCCUGGCAAAAAAUUGAAGCAGAGGAACUGGACUGUGACUAUGCGCUGCUGUUUUCCAAACAGCAAGCAGAUGAACUCUUUAAGAGGCUUGAGAAAGAAGUGGAGUAUUUCACAGAGGAGGAGACCAGGGUCUUGGUGUUUGGCAAGCUGCAUAGAAUUCCUCGAAAGCAGGCAACAUAUGGUGAUGCGGGUCUCAUGUAUUCCUUUUCUGGGGUGCAUCUUUUAGCGAAGCCGUGGACACCUACGUUAGAGUACAUUCGUGAUGCUGUCGGUGAUGCUACAGGGAACACCUUCAACUUCGUCCUUGUAAACAGGUACAAAGAUGGGCACGAUCACAUUUGCGAGCACCGUGACGAUGAGCGGGAACUGGACCCCACCUGCCCCAUAGCCUCGGUAUCCUUGGGGGCUGCACGUGACUUUGUGUUCCGGCACCGGGAUUCACGGGGUCAGCAGCCCCAGCGCCGGAUCGAGCCAGUGAAGCUGCAGCUGGCCCACGGGAGCCUGCUGCUCAUGAACCAGCCCACCAACACUCACUGGUAUCACAGUGUCCCUCCCCGGAAGAGGGUUCUCACACCACGCAUCAACCUCACCUUCAGGAGAAUCAUAACGUAAAACACCCAUGGACAAGCUCCUGCACAGGCUCGAGGCUAGGCACUGUAUCAGUAAGGUCACCCCAACACUGGCAUAAUUAGUUAAGAUGAUGUCCCUUCAGUGUGUGUUCCUACUAGGGCUUCUCAGAGUUGGGGUUAUGUUUGUGAGUUUAAUGUCGGUGAAGCUGAAAUAUGAAUCCUGUAAUCAGAUUUAUUUUUUACGUCAUUUGAAAGUGGGAAGGGGAUUUGUGAAAGAGACAGUAUCAUUAAAAGUCAACUGGCAAGGAAUCAA